GAGCGACCGGGCGAACCACGGCCAAAUGGGAAAGCUCCCCGUCGAGAAAGGAGCAGGUGGUUUAGUCCACAACAUGGCGGCCACCAUGAAGAAAGCGGCAGCAGAAGACGUUAACGUUACUUUUGAAGAUCAGCAGAAAAUCAACAAGUUUGCUAGAAACACCAGUAGAAUUACAGAACUAAAAGAAGAAAUAGACGAUAAGAAGAAACAACUCCAGAACCUGCAAGAUGCUUGUGAUGACAUUCUAGUGCUUGAUGAUGAUUCAUUAUUGAUACCAUAUCAAAUUGGAGAUGUCUUCAUUAGUCACCCACAAGUUGAAACAGAAGAGAUGUUGGAGGAGGCAAAGAAAAACUUACAGGAAGAAAUUGGAACUUUGGAAGCACAAGUGGAAUCCAUCCAAAAAGUAUUAUCAGAUCUUAAAGUCCAGCUUUAUGCAAAGUUUGGCAACAAUAUAAAUCUCGAGGCAGACGAUAAUUAAAUAGGAAUAGAAAUA